AUGGACAAUUUAGUGUGCAGUUGGGGUAUGAACUAAUCAUUGGAACAUGUCAGAAUAACAAAGAUUAUCAAGAAGAUUUUAUGGGAAAUAUAAAGCUUCCAAAGAAAUUUGAUGUAGAGGUUUCAGACACUGAAUCAGCACUGUCAAAUAUGGAUCUGAAACAAUCUACAUGUUCAAUUAUCAGUAUAGAGUCAGUAACAAAGCCUUUGGAAAAUUUGCUCACUGCUGACAAGAUAGUAAACUCUAAUCAAGAUAUGAUUGAGAAGGAAAUCAUAUGUGCAACAUCAACCAGUGAUACUCAUAAGGCUUUAAUCAGCAAAAAUCAUAGGUAUAUUUAUAGAAAUGAUAGCAAAACAUGUGACAGUGGUUUGACACUUACAAAUCUUGCAAGCCUGAACUCUUCCAUCCAUUACAAAAUUGAAAACAUUAAUGAGAACAGAAAAGAGGAUAAAAAUGAUGCAGCACAGGUUAUGGACAAAAAGACAUUUAAUAACAGAUAUUUUCAAAUGAGUGACUCUGCAAUUCAUGAUAAAAUAUCAGAGGUGGUGAAAGAACAUUUUAAAAUUUCUCUGAUAGAAGACUGUGGAGGACAUCACACCUCGGACACAAACAAACAAAACAGUUCUUCUAUAUGGAAUGGUCUGAAGUCCGAGGCAAACAAACAUAAAUUUCAAUAUGAAAAUAUUCAGACAGAAAAUCCUACAGGCGGCACUUCGGUGCACUUGGUGAACUGUGAGACACAAACCAAUUCAAAACAUUCUUUGACUAUGAAUGAUCCGACAGACUUGAAAACCAAAGGAAAAGAUGCACAAAGAAUGGAAGGACCCUCCAAAGAGAGAAAAGUUGAACAAGUAGGUCCCAAAUGUGGGAAUAGCAGAGAUAACAUGCAGUCAGAGGUUUAUUGUGCCAUUGAAUCACAGAGUACAGAUCGGACAAAUGUGAGUGAAUCAGUGUUUUCUUGUGUAAAAGAAACUGCUAUGGGUGUGAAUACAUCCAGUGAGAAAACACUUUUCUCUACCCAGCAGAGCAAAGAUUAUGUUGAUGCUUCAAACACUGUUCAACAGACUUGGGUUAUGGCUGGUAGCAGAGUAACAGUAUUAAAACCACUGCUUCAGUGUACGUAUGCACAAGUUACUCCAUUGCUGGAGCAGACAAAUGGGUUAGAUAAAGUCCAGAAAGCUGACCUGACAAAAAGUAGGUUGGCUGCUACCAACCAAGGACACGAAUUUAACAAUAGACCGCUUAUGCAUGGGCAUUUAGGACUCUCAAAUGAUACUUUGUGUUCACCAGGUCUAAACAAGAUCUUCACUCUGUCCACUAAAAGCAACUUUCAGGUGUCACUACCCUCUGAAGCUACAGUGAAACAUACUGCCUCAGGUGUUCACUCUGAAGGGAGUGACUGCAAUACAAAUGCACUUUAUACAUUUCAGCAAGUCAUGGAAGAAAGUGCUGCAACAUUAACUGCUUACUCAGAGGUACAAAAUGAAAAUACAUAUAUAUGCCCAUAUAACUCUACAAUAUCAAGCAUGGAACAUUGCCACUCAACAGUUGAUGAUGAUGCUCCCGAAGCCCGACAUUUAAGCAAGUUAGCGUUUUAUGAAUUUGGGUCAGGAAACCUUGGAAAACAUCACAGUUGUGUGAGCCAAGAUAAAACUGAUGCCAAGCAUGCCCUUGAAAAAACAACCACCGUUAUUAGUAGUAGUCAUGAUACGGAACACAAAUAUCAGACUUCCAGCUUUGAAGAUUUAAGAAAAGAUGCCACUAUUUCAGAUGUAAGUCCAACACUACAGCUCCACAGUUCCUCACAGUCACAGAGACCUCAGACAUGCAUCGUGCUAAAAACCUGUGCUGCUGGAAAAAUUUACAAGGAACCACAAUCAGAGAAUCAGUCAGUCAUGGAGAUGGCGACUAAAUCUCGACAUAAAGAUGGUUGCAUCAAAGCAACUCUGAACUGUAACAACCAACCCAUCAGAAAGCAAGAUCCACCUAUGCCUCAAAAGCACCAGUCAACACAUAUGCAAAAAAGAGAGCCUGAUAAAUCUAUAGUCAAACCCUCAUCACCUGUUAAGGUGUAUCACAAAACCCCUUCCAGUCUAAACACAGAGGAACAUAGUAAUAGCAGAUGUAAAUCUACAGACAACAUUAAAGGAGAACAUCCCACAGCAGUGGAUGAUACAAAUCAUGUUGAUGACAAUGUUAAAGAUGAUAGGCAGAGAGGAAAACAAAAGCGAUGCAGAAGGGCCCAUUUUACAGCACCUCCAAAUUCGUCCAUUGACUCAACACCUGAUUUAUCUUUUGAUGAGAUUACCACAUCUAAAAUUCAUGUGUCUAGUAAGGCUUCUCGUACCAAACCUGGUUCACAGGCUUCUGGCAGACAAAGUGCUGUUGCUCAUGACAGAUACAGAAAUCCUUCACUCCAUGAACACAGCAUAUCAGCAAUUAUUCCAAGAUCAUUAGAAGUGCACGCAUUAGAAAGACACACCCAGCAGCCAAACUCUGGUUUGCAACUCUCUGAGUUUGGAGUGACUAUGGGUAGGGAAGCUGAGAAUGAGACAAUUGCAUGUCAGGGAGAGCAUGGUUCCACUGAAAUAAUACAAAAGACAGAGACGAUUGCAACAAAGGCUGAUAAAGACAUGAAUAAUGAUCCUUCCAAACCUAUUUUAGGUGUUUAUGUGGAAGACCAAGAACAACCAAUCUUGCAUACUAGAGAUUCUGCAAUGCAUUUUGCCUCAAGCGAUAUUAACCCAUUUCUUCAUACAAGAACUGCUAUGGAGUUGAAUCAAGCAGUCCACAAAUUCCAGGCCUUUGGAAGUGCUACCAAUAUAGCCGACCAACACACUCCACCCGAUAGUUCAAACAAGAACAUUACGAGGUGCAAUAGUGUAGACAAUGGCUUAAAUAUUCAAAUCUCCCCUCUCAGUUCCCAUUUGAGCACUUAUGCAAAUCAUAAAGGGCUCUCUAGCACACUGAGUAGCGCUGAAGAUUCAAGAGAUCAAAUUUCUUCAGAGCCUCUGCUGCAGGAAGGUUUUUAUUCCUUUAGUAGUUCAAAGACGCAGACCCAAUCAGCUUUCGGAUGUGAGUCUUACAAUGGUGCCUCAGUGGAGUUAAACCAAAGUUCAGGUCAAGUUGAUGAAAAAGUACUGGUCUAUUCCUCGGAGUAUGAAUCUCAGGAACAUGGACAUCCAUGUCGAAUCAAGUGUGAUCAUGGCACACAGACCACUGUUGUUGAUAAGGACCUUAAAGGCAAGACCCGUCAUAGAAGAAGCAGCACUCAGACGCCAAUGUCCAAACGGGAGAAUGGUGCACCAAACACAUGGGCAAGUCUUCAGAACAUGUCUGAACAUCUCUUUGACUUUAUAUACAGCACAUCUGAUCUUCUGGGGAACAUACAAUGUAUGCGAACAGGGGAAACACCACCAAAAUAUGAGCAUCCUAAAAACUGUUUCAAAUUUUCAACUGUGCAUUCUGGCAGUAACCACAAGAAGGACUGUUAUACGCAAACUUCUAUGGACUUUGGGAUCCAGACUGAUAAUUCUCUGGUGGCAAAGAGUGAUAUGGCCCAUGAAGUCAAUGUUAUUGUUAAAGUGAUUGGCUCAGAUGUAUCUGAACUAGAUGGUGACACCAAGAACUUGAGAGAACAGGCCUUUGAAAGGAUUAAAAGCAUGCCUGAUUUGCAGCACAAAGACUCAAAGGCAGCAGACAGUCAAAAUUCUUGGUUAACUCCAAGGUUGGAAGCAUUUGACAUUAACACGGUUGACCAUUCCUACAAGAAAUCUUCAUCCAGCUUCCUUGGAGCAAAAGACUCCCCACACUUAAAGAGAGAAGAGAAUCAGCCUUAUCAGAGCAAUGUAGACCUACAGAAUCGCUGUAAUAAGCAAGUCAUGCUCAUGGACCGUGCAUCUUCACCCAUCCUUACUGUAAAGGCUGCAAGAUACGCCCAACAAAGACAAGCAAAAACUUCCCAGCGUUUAACAAAUCAUGAGUCAACUGAGGGCCAAAAUCGCACUUUUUGCAAAAUGCAAUUUAAAAGUCAUAAAAUGUCUAAUCAUGAGAAUAAGGUUGUACAUCAGGAGAAUCUUGGUAUCCUUCACACACAAAGUACUAAAAUAUACAAUGGAAAGUCGGUGUCAUCUAUGACCCUUGAAAACCAGAGUGACCUUAAAUGUCCAAAUCUAAAUAGAUCUGAUGAGUGCUCAAUAAAUAGCUUGUCUUCAAGCACCAAAUGUAUGCAAAAUAAGAGAAAGGAGCACUCUUCUGUAGUUAAGGACAGUGUAAUAAUUAAUUCCACUAUGAACUUUUCCCCACUACAAAGACCAAGCAGUACCAUUAGUGCCCAAACUUCCCCAUCAUCCUUGGAUAAAGUCAUGCAGUCUCAAUGGGAAAGUCCAGACAGAUGCCAUUUGUCAACUCUUAACAAUCAAUUGAGUCACAGUAGCACUAUGCUAAAGAAAAAUCACAGAUCAUCUGAGCAUAUACUAAAGAACUGGCAACAUUUGUAUCAAAGUACUCAGGAAGAUGAUGCAAUAUUUCUGGUUCCAAGUGAGUGCAACACCGAUGUUCUAGUCGGCAUCAAUCCUCUAACAGAGACCAGCCUGCUCAAAGAACAUCAGUGGAUUCCUGAUGAUCUGCCUAUACACAACAAAUUUACAAUCUGGUCGGGCAUUAACCAGCAGCCACCAUCAACUCUCAGUAAAAUAAACAGACCAUUCGUACAGUACUACUUAGGGCUCAGUCCCAGUUACCUUCAGCCAGUGGAGUCCCAAAGCCCUAAAUCUGUCUAUAGACCAGAACUGUUAGAGGAGACUAAUAGGAGAACAAGAGAAAUUGAGAGGCUGAGGAAAGAGCGCGAGCAGGUUUUGUCAUCUCUACGUCUGGAUCUGAGCCCUCAUCAGCUGACUGUUGAACUCACCGAGGCCAGGCUGCACUAUGGUCAAGGGGAAACAGACACUUUGCUUAAAAUGCUCAAGUCUGAUUCCAAAGAAGAACCUUCAGCCUGUACCAAACAAGAGCUCCUUGACAGGCACAGGAGGAGCAUUGAGAGUUUAAGAAGAGAAAGAGAUGCCCAUCUUCAAGCGUGCCACCGGGCUCGGAGCCUCAGUCCCAGUAAGCACCGAAUACCUAUAAAUCAUGAGAAGGAGCAAUCUCAAAGAAUUUCUGACCUACCAUGCAGGCGCAGGGAAUAUCUGCAACAACUCCGCCAAGAGGUAGUUGAAACCAGCAGAGUUCCCGAUCCACCAAGGCAGGAGGAUCAGUGUCCAUCUGAUAUUGAGCUUCUAUUGCGUGACUACAGCCGAGCCCAUAAGGAGGCCAGAGCAGAGAUUGCACGUGCACGAGACAGACUUCGUGAGAGGAUAGAACAGGAGAAGAGACGGAUUCAGCAGCAAGCUCUCUCGCAGGCAAUGAAGGAUGACCUGCGAUUGCGCACACGCAUUAGUAACAGUACAUUAUGCACUGGUUCAAACCUGACUCUUUCCUCAGGACCUACAUCAGGCUACAACAGCAGCAAUUCUGCUUUACUACAAGACAAUACCUCACCAAUAAUACAGGUAAAUGGAGUCUCAGGAUUCCAAGUCAGAACUCGACCUCCCGUGAUUCGCUUACAGACUUUGAAACCCCAGCGUAGAUGGCUGUCAGUCCAGGAUGUCAGUCUGGAGACGUCUGUCACUGGAUAUGAGCCUGAAUCCCACUCCAUCAUCUCCCUGUGCUCGACAACGCACUCUCUCUUUUGGCUCUCCCUCAUCUAUAUCAACUUCAUAUCAGGAUAUUGCGGACUGUACUCUUGCCAGUGCUAUUUCAGAGGUAUAUUUGGCCUCUGGAGGGGAUGUGAAGAAUCUACUGGCAGGGAAAGCAAGCGCUGGCUGGAGGCACCAAGGUGUGGAGAGACACAUUCAGGUCUUUCACAAGGCCUCAUCCAAGCCCACGGCUCAUGGGUUUCUAGGUGCAGUGGAGCUGGAGAGACCUCUGGCCAGUCUGUGGUGUACGGUUCGAGAUCACUCAAAGACUCAUCUCUACCACGAAUCUGUCAGAUCUGCCUGGACACGACCACUGGAUGAAAAAACACAACUAGUCUACCUGUUAACAGAGACGUCCAACUGCCAGCUUAAACAGCCUCGGGACUUCUGCUGCCUCAGCACAGAAUCGAAACAGGGUGAUAUGUGGGUGUUGGCCAUGCAGUCUGUGUUUGAGGAGACACUUCCACGCCCC